UCGGCGUGCGCCUGCGCACCGGAGGCCGGAGGAGUCUUACCCUAAUGUAAGAUGGUGGCCCGUCUGGCUGUGGAACCCACCGAAAGCUGAGAGUCUGCCUCUCAGCCGUAAAGGUCGGACUCGCUGAAGCAAUCAGGCCCGGUUCUGAAGAGUUUUUUCCCCGACACUCGUUCAGCGGUCUCUGGGGAGGACGCGGCAGCGCGUGGAGGCGGCUGAGGGAAAAGCGAGGCAAGGCAGGCGGGCCUUUGAAGUUCUCUACAUUAGUUCUCAGUGCUGGACUUCCUUCUCCCUUAAAUUAUUAUAAACUCUUGCUGCUGUUUAAUAAACGUGAAGAUGUCUCGCAGUCCCGAUGCGAAGGAAGACCCUGUGGAAUGUCCUCUUUGCAUGGAGCCCUUGGAGAUAGAUGAUAUCAACUUUUUCCCUUGCACCUGUGGCUACCAGAUUUGCCGAUUUUGUUGGCAUCGAAUUCGCACUGAUGAAAAUGGGCUUUGUCCUGCAUGUCGAAAGCCAUAUCCGGAAGACCCAGCAGUUUACAAACCACUUUCCCAGGAAGAACUGCAAAGGAUAAAGAAUGAGAAGAAACAGAAACAAAAUGAGAGAAAACAGAAAAUAUCAGAAAAUCGCAAACAUUUGGCUAGUGUGCGUGUUGUACAAAAAAACCUCGUCUUUGUUGUAGGUCUGUCUCAGCGUCUAGCCGACCCAGAGGUUUUAAAACGACCAGAAUAUUUUGGGAAGUUUGGUAAAAUACAUAAAGUUGUCAUCAAUAAUAGCACAUCAUAUGCAGGCUCACAGGGUCCAAGUGCCAGUGCUUAUGUCACUUAUAUCCGGUCAGAAGAUGCUCUCAGAGCCAUACAGUGUGUCAACAAUGUCGUGGUAGAUGGCAGAACGCUUAAGGCAUCUCUAGGUACAACAAAAUACUGCAGUUACUUCUUAAAGAAUAUGCAGUGUCCAAAACCUGACUGCAUGUAUCUACAUGAAUUGGGGGAUGAGGCAGCCAGCUUCACGAAAGAAGAAAUGCAGGCGGGUAAGCACCAAGAAUAUGAACAGAAGCUACUUCAAGAAUUAUAUAAAUUAAAUCCCAAUUUUCUUCAACUAUCUACGGGUUCAGUUGAUAAGAAUAAGAACAAAGUGACACCAUUGCAGAGGUAUGAUACCCCCAUUGAUAAACCUUCAGAUUCUCUCAGUAUAGGGAAUGGUGAUAAUUCCCAGCAGAUAUCUAAUAGUGAUACACCUUCACCACCACCUGGUUUAUCAAAAUCCAAUCCAGUCAUCCCCAUCAGUUCAUCUAAUCACAGUGCACGGUCACCUUUUGAAGGGGCGGUAACUGAGUCACAGUCGUUAUUCUCGGACAACUUUCGUCAUCCCAACCCUAUCCCAAGUGGGCUUCCUCCUUUCCCCAGUUCCCCACAGACAUCCAGUGACUGGCCUACAGCACCAGAACCACAGAGCCUCUUCACGUCAGAGACAAUUCCAGUAUCGUCCUCAACAGACUGGCAAGCAGCAUUUGGCUUUGGUUCUUCUAAACAACCAGAGGAUGACUUGGGUUUUGAUCCCUUUGAUGUCACUCGAAAAGCCUUAGCAGACCUGAUUGAAAAGGAACUGUCAGUCAAAGACCAGCCUUCCCUUUCGCCCACAUCUCUUCAAAACUCCUCUUCACACACUACAGCCGCCAAAGGUCCUGGCUCUGGAUUUCUGCAUCCUGCUGCACCUACAAAUGCCAACUCUCUCAAUAGUACCUUUUCAGUCUUGCCACAGAGGUUCCCUCAAUUUCAGCAGCAUCGAGCGGUUUAUAAUUCAUUCAGUUUUCCAGGCCAGGCAGCCCGCUAUCCUUGGAUGGCCUUUCCACGCAAUAGCAUCAUGCACUUGAACCACACAGCAAACCCCACCUCAAAUAGUAAUUUCUUGGACUUGAAUCUCGCGCCACAGCACAACACAGGUCUGGGAGGGAUCCCUAUAGCAGACAACAGCAGUUCUGUAGAGAGUUUAAAUAUGAAGGAAUGGCAGGACGGGCUAAGGGCACUUCUACCCAACAUUAACAUCAACUUUGGUGGACUGCCCAAUUCUUCCUCCCCCUCCAACGCCAACCACAGUGCACCAACGUCCACCACUGCCACCACCGACAGCCUGAGUUGGGACAGCCUUGGCAGCUGGACAGACCCAGCCAUCAUCACAGGUAUUCCAGCAUCUUCAGGAAACAGUUUAGACUCUCUUCAAGAUGACAAUCCUCCACACUGGCUAAAAUCCCUUCAGGCCCUCACAGAGAUGGACGGCCCCAGUGCUGCUCCGUCACAAACCCACCACAGCGCCCCCUUCAGCACACAGAUCCCUCUGCACAGAGCCAGUUGGAACCCCUACCCUCCUCCUUCAAAUCCGUCCAGUUUCCACUCCCCACCCCCAGGCUUUCAGACAGCAUUCAGACCCCCCAGCAAAACCCCCACAGAUUUACUACAGAGUUCAACACUGGACCGCCACUAGGGAAAGAGGAGAGACCAUUAGCAGACGCAGGCUUGAUCCCUCCCCGUUUAUCCCCUCUCAGCCCACCACAGCUCCCUCUCAUCUCUUACGUUCUGAAGAAUCAGAUCCUGAUCAGUUUUUUUUUUUUCUCCCUCCCCCAAGAUGCAAUGCGAUGACAGGGUCAUUAUCAUCUUUUUUUUUUUUUUUUAAAUUGUAAAAGUUUCUGUUGAUCCAGCAUUUGAGUGACACUGUUGAAUGUUUCCUAAAAAUGCCUUUAAGGAGGAAAAAAAAAAAAGGAAAGCCAAGGGAGGCUCGAUACUUAGAAAAUUACUGUUUGUCUGUGGCGCAUAAUAAUGACAUAAUCUGCUUAGCAGAAAAUGACAAUUAAUCUCUAGGAAAGGUCAAAUAAAUGCAUUAUCAACUGCAGAAGUUGGAAAACCAGGUUAAUUGAAAUGAGAUUGCUAAAUGCACGGGGGAAGCGGUGGUCCUGGCGUCCAUCGGUAGUCAGCUUAUCACUAUUGCAGGAAAAAUGCUUUUAAUUUAAGUUUUAAUUCUUUAAGCAAGUUGAUGGAGAGGACUUGAUUUUGUCAUGAAGCAAAAGAAUUUAUUGUAAGUUGACAGGAAGACACUGAUCUGUACUAGUAUCUGGCUGCUUGCUCGAGAGUUUCUAAGGAGGGGAGAAGCGAUUUAUUUAUUACAGGAAAAACAAGAGUUUGGCUUUAGAUUUAAAAGUAAAUUCCAAUGUUUUGAGGAAAAAAGUAUUCACAGAUUUAAUACCUAUGCAUAAUAUACAAACAGAAAUAGAAGUGAUUUCUUCAGUCUCUCUCCUCAGUCAGAACCUUUUUUCUUUUACCUUAAAUUCCCUUGGCUAGGGCACUGAGCUAGCACUGCUCUGGGGCCAUCUGAGGAGCAAAUCUCUGACUUCCUUGCCUGCAGCUUUUACUUAACCCUGUAGUUUCUGGACAUUUGUGCAGUAUUGAAAACACAGGAGAAAACAGAAACCUGGUUAUAACCUGAUGCUAAAACUAAACGCAAGGAAUUGUACCUCUUUCUUCAGAAUUAAAACUAAAAUCUUAAAUAAAACAGAAACCUUGAUGAUGACCCUUGGAUGGUGGUGGUUUUUGUUUUGCCGUUUGAUUGCAUGUGAGUCUGAAACAUUUCGCAGUCGCAGCCAUUAGACAUUUCCCUUGGUUUUACAUCUUCAACAACAGGGAGGAUGUUGUAAAAGAAGACACUAGAAAACAGGGUUCCUUUUUCCGUCAGCCACUGCCGUCGGUGAAGACCUGCCCGGCUCUCCUGGUGGCUUCCAUGGAAGACACCUCCCCAUGCUGUCACCUGUGCCGACCAGACCUUCCCAGCUGAGGAGCUUCAUGUGCCAGGAGCAGGCGGACUGUGGACGUGCUGAUGAUUUGGUUCUUUCGGGAAGACUUGAUGGGAAAGAGAGUGGAAUAUGUAGACACCCACAGCUAUGACCAGCCAUGCUAGGGAGGCCUAGAGAUGGAGCGAUGACAUUCCACUGCCCUAAAGAGGAAGAGGACAGACAUGAAGUGCACCCUGCCCGAUCCCCCAGAGUCCGUAUGGUUUGUAUGUCUGGACUCGGAUUGCACUCACAAGUCCAGAGCUGGAGUUGGCGUGUCCUCGGCCACACCCAUUAAGGGCAUCUUGUAAAUCUUCCGAAUCUUACAUUCUGAGCUUUCACAUUGCUUUGUCUCCCUUAGACCUCUCAUUUACACUUCAGUUUGUUACCAAAAACAAACAAUUGGAACUGUAUUUGAAAACCAUAAACAGGGUAUUCGCCAAUAAAUGUCAAAACAGUAGAUGUUGAUGGAAUAUGGCCUAAAUUGUGUUUUAAAAAUCAACCGAAAGGCUCCUGUAAUAAGAGGACAGAGGAGUGGAAGCCACGGGCUCUCUGUCCUAUACACUUUGCUUUGGUUUCUGAGUCUGCACAGGCAGCGCCGAGUGAUGGGCCAGCACACAAAUGGUAUUCAGGUAGAGUGAUUUGUAACCCCGGUGGGUUUUUUUUUUUUGUUUAUUUGAGGAGGGGGAUGGGGGUGGUUAAUCCUACGAUAAGGGUAAUCAAUAAAAAUGUUGCAUUUUCUGUAAACGAGGGAAAUUUUCUAAGGCUGUGCUGUGAUUGCGUGUACGUGUUUAAGGCCUCAAACAUACAGAG